CUGGCUCUACCCCACCCCACCCCUAGCGCUUCUCCCGCUUAUAAAGAGCAGGCACUGCCACCUCCUUGCACAAAUCAUCCCUCGACUUGAGUCAUAAUCUCUUGAUUCACUUAAGCCCUUCUCAGUAUUCCCUUUAAGCUUUUCCUUCACUUCCUUUUCACCCCAAAACAUCCUCUCUUAACUACAAGAGCGUUCAUUUGUUUUCUUUGCCCCACAAAUCAGUCUUUAAGAAUGGCAUCUAGCUCAAUGUCAACAUGGACUGCCAAGCAAAACAAAGCCUUCGAGAAGGCUUUGGCUGUGUAUGACAAGGACACUCCCGACCGUUGGUACAAUGUCGCCAAGGCUGUCGGCGGAAAAACCGCCGAGGAAGUGAAGAGGCACUAUGAACUCCUUCUGGAGGAUGUCAAGCACAUUGAGUCAGGCCAAGUGCCCUUCCCAUACUACAGGACCACUGGAGGGAGUAACCAGGGCAACACUAACGAAGACGAAAAGAGGUUGAGAAACCUCAAGCUUCAGUGAAGAACAAAGCAACUUCCAGUUCCCUUGAUCGACAAGAAUAAAGAAUCAAUCUCUCUUCGGUUCUAAUAUUAUUCCUAAUGUAAUAGUUUUGGUGCAAUGUUUAAGAAUCGCCGUCGUCGUCGUCGGUGGUUCUUAACGAAUUUAGUAUUUUACUAUUUCCUAUGUAUGAAGGUUUCUAUAAUGGAAAUCAUAUAUUUAUGUGCUAAA